CUUUUAUUGUGUAGAGCGGAUUGCGGUCGGCGGGUGAGUGCCGGCAGGUGAAGCGGAGUUCACGGCAGAACACGGAGAGACAGAAACACCUGAGCGGGACACAAACCGAGACGAGAGGUCGGAGACAGAAAGUGAUUAGAAAGCCAAGGUUGUCAGGAUGUUCCCUCCUUCUGCUGCCGUUUCUGACACCCAGAGAGGAACUGCAAUGAGAGAAGGAAUCUGAUGCAUCAAGAAAAUCCAGACAAUCCCUUUGCAAUUGGAAGAGGAUGGGAUGUCCCGCGGAGCUUUUGUUUCCUGUGAUAGGAAACUUCAAUCACUUCAGCGCUCUGUUUUCAUUGGUCCACACAGUGUCUCAUGAAGACUCUCGAAGUGUCGUCUGAUUGGUCCCCCAAAUCCACUGAAGACCCGUCGGCCAAUCGGCUGCCAUCUGGCAGCAGCAGCGUCUCCACUGCAGCACAUUUUGCUUCAGUUGGGAUACAGUGCAAGGAGACCGAGAGAGAGGAUCGAGCUUUGCUGCAGCUGAAUCAGGGAUUCUAGUCAGUGAUCUUCAACAUGGAGGUGCCCAGGAGGCCUCAGCCCUCCUUCAUGCUGGCUCUUCCUAAACCAGCCUCAUCUAUGUCUGCCAUGGGAGCUGUAGAGAAGGUUACCAAGAAAGGUCCAAUGAAAGAAAAGCUGGAGAGGACAGAUGAUCAAGUUGGACAAGGAAAGAGAAACUCGGAGGAGGAGACGUUUGAGUCAGGUGUGUCUGUGUUUGUGGAGGCAUCUGCCGACUCCUCAGAACUUGUAGAUACAAGUACUGCUCGAACAAAUUCAAGACUUCCCUCACAGGAUAGUUUUUCAGAGGAGAGCUCAAUAUCAGAGGAGAGGUUGGCAGAGGAGGCCAAAGAGGCUAAAAAGAAGUCUGAAGAGGAGGCAGCAGCAGCUAAAGAGAGGGCAGCACAGAGACAGCUGCUGGCUAUAGAAGAGCUGGUCCAGUCUGAGAGGAAUUACCUUCGAAUGCUGCAACUCAGCACUGUGACUAUCAGGAGCAACUUGCAGAAACUACAGCCUCCUCUAGCCAACCUGGACAGCAUGUUUCUGUACAUAGAGGAGGUGAUCGACGUGUCGGGCCGUCUGCUCAGCCUGCUGGACCAGAAGCAGGUUAAGCCCGGAGACCCUCAUUUCCUUGAGACACUCUGCAAUUCAUUCCUCAGCCUGUCUUCAGACAUAGAAGCUGCCUAUAAGGAAUACUUGGCCAACUACAAUCAAGUGACGGUGAUAGAAAACGGCUACAAACAGAAAGAGGCGCUCUGGAAUGAGAUAGUAAAAGUCAUCAAGGCCUCAGCGCCUGAAGUCAAUGCCACCUCUCUGAGUUUCUUCCUGGUCAUGCCGGUGCAGCGGAUCGCCCGCUACCCACUUCUACUGCAGACCAUCCAGAAACACACCGACCCGACUCACCCGGCCUAUCCGCUCCUGGAGCAGACAGCCCACACCUCCAUCGCCUUAAACUGUCGCAUCAAUGAGUACAAACGCUUCAGAGAAGUUGCUGAUAAAUACAAGAAGACGGAAACCCUGACCAUCAAGGACAAGAUCAACCGCCUCAACUCCCACAGCAUCGCAAAGAAGACCGCGAGGUUCAGCCAGCACUUCAAACAUGAGACUGGGAUAGCAGCUAAGCUAGUGGACGAGGAGUUUGACGCCUUGGAAGGUUUCUUUUACGUUCUGGAGAACGGGAUCCUGGAACUUCUUGAGAACGUGGAGACAUACCUGAACCACUUACAGGCGUUCCUGGCCUGCAAGACUGAAGAGUUUGACUUUGAUAUGGAUGGAGAGAAGGCACCUAUUUGCUACAAGGAGAUCACUACUGCACUCAGACAAUGGAUCCUUCCUACAUUUGAGAAGAGGAUGAGGACUUUGAUCCACAAGCCACUGUGUGCGCUCCGUGACCUCCUCGUCGGCCCAAGGAAUCUGAUCAGAAAGAGACUUGACAAGCUUCUCGACUACGAACUGAUAGAGGCCAAAUCAAAUCUGAGCUACGAGGAACAGGCCGUGGCAAACACAUACAGGACCAUGAACACGCUACUCCUUAACGAGCUUCCUCAGUUUAACGGUCUGGCUCUGCAGAUGAUCUGGAGCAUGUUGGGGACAUUCAGCUGUCUGCACAAAGACCUUGCCUCAGACAUGGAACAGCUGUUCCAGAGCUUUGCACAGCAGCUCCCUCACAGCUCCGUCCAUCCUGCUGCAUUCUGGGAGUGGGCAGAGUCUGCGGUGCUUGAAGGUGCGAGGAGGCUGCAGACUCUAUGUCAAAGUGUGCAGGACUCACUGAAUUCACCAGUCGUGCAGCCUCUGAGCCCAUCCUCUCAGCGCCGUCUGAAGCAGCUAACAGACAAGCAUGGUUCUGGAAAGAUCUACCAGGUGAUGACCACAGUGGUGGGUAGCCGGGACCUGGACCUGAACCUGGUUAAGGGGGAGCUGGUGGCUAUAAUCAGCGAGGCUGACACCCGCGGAGACAAACGAAGAUGGCUGGUUGAUGCAGGAGGCAGAAGAGGCUACGUUCCGAACUCGAAGCUCAUUAGAUAUCACCAGCCAGCGGAGGACCCGCCCCCUUCGCCACACUUGACCCUGCCGGAGGGCAUGAGCGGAGUCAGAAGACACUCCUACACCCCACAGAGCCAGCCACUGACGAUCACGAGGCAGCCUUGCUUCCAGGUGUUGGCAGCCUACGACUUCACGGCGAGGGGGAACCAUGAAGUUUCUGUCCGGGCUGGAGAACCCGUUCGUGUCCUGGAGCCACAUGACAAACGAGGGAACCCUGAAUGGAGCCUGGUGGAGGCAGGAGACGGUCAGAGAGGAUACGUGCCCUCCAACUACCUCGCCAUGAUGCCUACGGGGACAGGGCCGUCCAGCAGCUACUACCCUUACUGCUAGGAGGGAUGGAGGAAGAAAGUAGGGCAGCGUGUAUCAGCAUGUGCAGUAUGAGAAGGAUCUUUUCCAAUACUGUCUUUUGAAUGCUAACAGCAAUAUGUUUUAAAUGAAGCUACAGCUGCUCCUCAAACAGUAGCAUGCAACUACAGCUUGGCCAUCAAAUAUUUUUAUUUUCGGUGUUGAAAUCAGUGUUUUUAAAAAGAUAUCAGAGCAGCUACUUAAUCUACAUGUAUGCAAUGGUCACUGUGUGAACACUAAAAUGCUAAAUUUUGUUAGCUGUCUGCUGUAUUCAAUUUGACAACUGGAAUUUUUAAAUAUCUUUUCAUGGCUUUCUUGACACCCAAAUCCUGUGCAAAGCAGUGCAGGGAGAAUUUUGAAAUCUAGAAAAUUCAUUAAAAGAAAGAUAAAGUGUGGCGACCUUUAGCUUUCGCAGGUAAGGGGUCAUUGGCCAUGUCUUAGGCUAUUCCUGUACUAACUUGAAUGCAUAUGAAAAUCAAUCUAAUCCUGCAUUUUGUAGCGCGAAAACCUCUGAAGUGAGCAUGACACAAGUUUGGUAUAAUUCUAUGGACAAAUUCAGUUUUUCUCUCUCUCUUUUUUUGACCGUAGCAUCAUAUGAGCUCUAGCCAAACAUCAAAAAGUACUGGACAGUUCAACAGUCAGAAAAUGUGAGAAAGCUGCUGGUUUAAGUGGCUGGAAUGUGUGCAAUAGACAAUUUAUACAUUGCUACUAUUUUUUUAUUUCAGUGUGGAUGGUAAAUCUGUAAAGGUAGAUGAAAAGCCUUUGAUGUACAGAAUUUUUGACUUUUCCAAGUUAUAAUUUAGAACAUUUUUCAGACAUUCAGUCCUUUCCAUUAACCAGACAGCAGCUAUUAUUGUCCGUAAAAGCUGCAAGGGCAAUCUCACCAGGUUAGAACUACUUUCAGUAUCACUUUCAUAUGACAAAGUCUGAACUGCACCCAUCACCAUUUUUUUCUUGAAGCCAUAACAGAGAGCAGAGACAAAGUUUGGGUCAAUAAUGGCGCUACAUUGUAGAAAAACAUUGAUUACACUGGUAAACAAAUGUUUGGAAAUUGUCUGCUUCCGAGAUAAAAUUGGUUAAAUCUUACAUACCUUAAUAAGUUGAAGUGGAAAACAAAUGAAAAAAACUGGUGAUUGGCUAAUGUUUCCAAGAUAUUUAAUGACAAAGUUUUAUUAUGUAUAUAUAUGUACAUAAAUCUUGCGUUUGAAAGAAUACUUCUAUCUGAAGUGUACAAGUGCCCUGGCAAGGAUUAAACAAAAGUCUCAUGACUUAUUGUAACUAAAUGUAUUUGGGAAAUACAAACAUCACCUAAAACACCACUCAGAACAACAGUUAUUCAGUAUGUAUAUGGAACUUUUUGGCUUGUCUCUUGUACACAGCAUCAUCCCUUGACAUUUCAACAGUAGUCAGCCAGCAUAGAUGGAUUCCAUUUUCCCUGGUGGAUUAUUUGGACACUGCACAAUCCAUUUUUCUUCUUUCUUGACAUUCCUUUUGUAACUGGGGGAACCAUACAAAAAUAGCAGUCACUACUGUGAUCUGUUGGUUCUCGUUAAAUCAUUGGAACUGCAAAAGGCAUAGAUUUUCUUUUUUUGUGGAGCCACUGCAAGAUUAGUUGCACGUGUGUUACAACAAUGAUGUGGGGCCCAACUCUUGUCCUGCAUCCAAAAUAAAGAUGAUAUGCCUUUUUCACUACAGUAGUUAUAUUGCACUUUUGUGAUGCAAAGGUUACUUCACCACAAAUAUAGCAGAAGUUAUUUUCGUUGUUUACACAAUUUUGAGGCAUCUCUGGUUCCUCAGGUAGAAAGUAUGAGACAAUUUGAUAAAGGUAUCACACUGACAAAAGCUGCUACGCAUGACUUAGAUUGAUGCUCGCCAUGGUUUAUGAAAUGCAAAAAAGCAUAUAAUAUGUCAAAGAGGGCAUGUUCUAUCAUAAAACAUUAGCAUAGAUGAGUAUGUUUUACAUUGCAGAAAUGUUUUGAGUCAGAACUUGUAACUCAGACACAUACAUAUCUUUUCAAUUAGUAAUUGCUCUCUCAUUACUUCAUAUAGAAUUUCAAUACUUGACUUAUUACUGUAUCUUGAUAACAUGAGCCAACCAUCACUUUUGACUUAUUUUUUUCUUUUUUAGUAACUGAAAGUAGGUAAAGUUUAACUACUUUAAUUCUGGAAGCAUUUUGCUUGAAGACCAGUGUUAGGAGAAAGACUUAACUUUUUUUUAUUCCCACCGAGAUGUUAACAGCAGCUGAAGUUUGGCUUAUUGCUUCCAGCUGUUUGUAGGAAUUUUUCUUCUGAGUUUUUUUAAAUACCUGCAGCAUCAAGCAGUAGCAAGAUCCAUAUUCCUGACAUUGAAACAUUUUUCUGUCUAGUCCAGUCUCGUGACAAAUGUGGAUAUGUCUGAUUGAAGCUGUGAGGAACAUUAAUGGGAAGGUGACUUAUGUCUGAAUGACAGAAUGCCAUCACUUUACCAGACUGAUGAAGCAGCAGUGUUCUGUAUUCCAUGUCUGAAAAGGGCUUAUGUGACACAGGAAGGAAGCAGCAGCCCUGCAGCUGGUUGUUAUUUGGUGUCAUGGACAUUCGGGGAAGGUUAGAUGCUUUCUGUGACUUUAGGCUGAAGAACAAUCUUAAAGUUGCACUGAAAAUUUGCUAUGGCUUGUUACAAGGCACCAGAGACAAUGAGGGGAAUAGUUUCGAAGGCUCGGGGGGGCCAUAUGAGCUGAAUGAGAGGAGAAGAGUCCGGGCUUACCCUUGACUCAUUUCACGUGAUCCUCAGAGGCUGAGAAGGACACUUAGAAUUGAAAAAGAUAGGCUGCAUGUUCUCGUUAGAGGGCGUGUGUGUUAGCGAGCUAACUGGAACACUUAGACAUUAUAGAGAGCAAAUUGCGUGCAUGUGUGCAUGUGCGUGAGAUGAAAUUGUGCUGACAGGUGAGUGUGUGUGUGUGUGUGUGUGUGUGUGUGUGUGUGUGUGUGUGUGUGUGUGUGUGUGUGUGUGUGUGUGUGUGUGUGUGUGUGUGUGUGUGUGUGUGUGUGUGUGUGUUUUCGCCGAGUGUCCUCCUCACCUGGAGGCAGCAGCAGCACUGUAUCGAGACUGACAGGUACACAGCGCUCUCGUCAUCUCAGACUGUGUAAUGUGAUGUAAAUGUAAAAUGUCUCCGGGGCCGAGCAGGAGAGAGAGAGAGAGAGGAGGGAGAGGAAGAAACUCAUACCGGGAGGAGGAGUGAAGGAGUUGGAGGGUGAACGGAGAGAAGAUGUGAGGAGGCAUAGCAAGCUGGGAGGAGACGAUGAACUGCAGCACAGAGUUAUCCCGUUAGUUUGAAUCUAUUUCUCCCCAUUUUCUGCACGAGCUGAUUUAAAUUCACUCUUUUCUCUCCUCACCAUUGUGUUUUCACUCGUUCAGCGCCCAUUACAGCAAGAGUUUGAUUCCUCCAUCGGGUUUUAUGCAUCAAAAGGUUUGUAUCGUAGAUGUAGACGAGUCAGAAGCCACUCACGUCUCUAUUCAUAUGCACCUGAUGAUGCUCGUUGCUAUGGAUACAGUUCAAUCAAUGCAGGUCAUGCCUCUGUGUGGCAUUUCUUCCGAGUGAGCCGGACUGUGAAAACGUUUAGCUACAGCAGAUUUUAACUCGCUCAUGUCCCCUGCACUGGAAGUUUGCCGCCUCAUUAUCUCUGUGGGCUCCAUGCAUUCAGUGGCCUUUUCUGGAGAUUUACACACCGGCAUUGAUAAUAAGGGCUUCUCCUCAUCUAUUUACCCCGCAGAGUCCAGAGUGAAUGCCUCCUAUAUGCAUUUUAUUUCCCUGCUUUCAACUUCUAAAGUCACAGUAUUACCUAUUCAUACGGUGUUCUGGGUGGAAAGCAACUCCCUAACUUGCUACAAAAACUAAAUUUAAGUAAUUUUCUGAUUGUGUAAACUGACAAACUGGAAUUGGAGCCUAAUAGUUUGUUUCCAGUAGUUUGUUUUGAAUGCCAUAUGUGUUCAUGGUCCAUAAUUUUCAUGAAACCCCUUCCCACUGCCUCACAUCAUCCCACAUCUAAGCAUGUUUAGAAUAUUAUUGUAAUCUGCACCAGUUUCUGUAUGGAAACUCCAUGUUGGAAGAUUUUUAUUUGUGUUUAAAGUUGUUUUGUUUUUAGCAAUUGGCAAGAAAAACAUUCUACCUACCCAUUCUGCAAGUCCAUUUCUAGCCUUCAAACCAUGAAAAAAAAUCUAAAUCGUCAUUUUAUAACUAGAUUGCUCAAUAUUUUAAACAUAAAAUGGCUGAAAUCACGACAGGUAGUGUAAAAGAAGAACUUUUUGGUGAUGAUUUUGCAGAUAAUUGUCACUGAAACUGCAAAAAUCUAUCAUCUAGGCAGGCAAACAAAGGAUAGCUAAAGAACCAGAUAAUGUUGCACCAUGUGCAAACCAGAUUUCCGAAGCCAUAAUCUGUCAGAUUUUGUGGAAUUUUACCCCCUAGUGGCCACAAAAUUAUAUUAAUGCUGCUUCAACCUUUCCAGCAUGAGAGAAUUGUACAUGUUUUACUGGAAAAGACUCUUUUCCUCUUCCAACAUGGCCGCACCAUCAGCUCUUCCUGUUACAUGGCCGUGUCUUGAGCCUUUUCAUGUGGGAUUGUGCUGCAUCAGCUGCUGUGGAUGUGAAGCAGAAAGAGGGAGCCUCGGAUUCAGAGCUGCUCAGCUGGAGCUUAGCUGUUCCCAUCAGUCUGAAUGUCAGGACGGAGCAGAGCAGCAGGAGGGACAGAGAGGGAGAGAGAGAGGGAGCCUGUGUGAUGAUACUUAUGCCAAAAUACCAAAUGUCCUCAAGGUUAGUGAGAUGAGAACGAAAAACUCUCAACCUGAGAACAUUUUGUCUGCUUUCACCUCUUCAAAGGCCAUUUUAGGGUGAAAGAACAACUCAGCCAUGUACUGUAAGUGCAUUAAGCCUUACAUUUUGGGAUCUAUUCAACUGGAUAUUUUUUUUUAAUUCCAAUGAACUACAGACUGCUAUUGUAAUGUUCCCUGCAAAUCAAAUUUCAAUGUAUUUCGUGUUAUAAAAUGUAUUUACUGUGAGAAAAUUUGCAGAUACUUAACUAUUUUUGCUUUAAAAACCACUCCUGAAGAAGAUUGUGAACCACUUUCUAAUAAUAGUGAAUGGUGGACUUCUAUUAAAUCAAGAACUGGAUAAUAUUUGGGGCAUAUUUAAGCCAUAAACAUGUCUGUAUGGUUUUGAGUGUGUCUGUACUAAUUACCAAAGGAGGCUGUAGUUUUUCUUAUCUACACUAGAGGGAGGAGGUUGGCUGUGUUCGAAAAGAGAGACUGUUAAUUUCACUGUGGAACUGGAAAAUGUGUGUUAAAGACCAGCAUCAUUACCUUUGUCAGUAUUGAUCCUGACAACCUCUGAGAAUUCAGUUAAGCAAAAUUCUGUACAUUCUGUUAAUAUUGUUCAGUUUUUUUAAUUAAUCUGCUGUCAAAGCAACGUGUUUAACCUGCUUUUACGGUCUGUACAGCAAAUCUGUUUUGUAAUUUAUUAUUUUGUAAUUGUGUUUUGAAUCAUAUUGGUGUUUUAACUUAUUCAGCACCGCAGGGUUACAUGAUGUCAAGAUGAAGCAUGAAGUCUUUGAAGUGUUGCCAAAGUUGUGAUGUUAAACUCACUCACUCACACAUGUAUUCAUGCAGCAGAUGGGAGUUUCUGCAGUGCAGCAGCGGUAUCUGUCAGGGCAGCUGUGGACUGACUGUGUGGCUUCAAUAAAAACUCAACUGAAA